CGCGGGAGCGGGAGCGGCCCGGGGAGCCGGAGCGCACCAUGGAGGCGGCGGCGGGGGGCCGGGGCGGCUUUCAGCCGCACCCGGGGCUGCAGAAGACGCUGGAGCAGUUCCACCUGAGCUCCAUGAGCUCGCUGGGAGGCCCGGCCGCCUUCUCGGCGCGCUGGGCGCAGGAGGCCUACAAGAAGGAGAGCGCCAAGGAGGCGGGCGCGGCCACGGUGCCGGCGCCGGUGCCCGCAGCCACCGAGCCGCCGCCCGUGCUGCACCUGCCUGCCAUCCAGCCGCCGCCGCCUGUGCUGCCCGGGCCCUUCUUCAUGCCGUCCGACCGCUCCACCGAGCGCUGUGAGACCGUGCUGGAGGGCGAGACCAUCUCUUGCUUCGUGGUGGGCGGCGAGAAGCGCCUGUGUUUGCCGCAGAUCCUCAACUCGGUGCUGCGCGACUUCUCGCUGCAGCAGAUCAACUCGGUGUGCGACGAGCUUCACAUCUACUGCUCGCGCUGCACGGCUGACCAGCUGGAGAUCCUCAAAGUCAUGGGCAUCCUGCCCUUCUCGGCGCCCUCGUGCGGGCUCAUCACCAAGACAGACGCCGAGCGCCUGUGCAACGCGCUGCUCUAUGGUGGCGCCUACCCGCCGCCCUGCAAGAAGGAGCUGGCCGCCAGCCUGGCGCUGGGCCUGGAGCUCAGCGAGCGCAGCGUCCGCGUGUACCACGAGUGCUUCGGCAAGUGUAAGGGGCUGCUGGUGCCUGAGCUCUAUAGCAGCCCGAGCGCUGCCUGCAUCCAGUGCCUCGACUGCCGCCUCAUGUACCCACCGCACAAGUUCGUGGUGCACUCGCACAAGGCCCUGGAGAACCGGACUUGCCACUGGGGCUUCGACUCGGCCAACUGGCGGGCCUACAUCCUGCUGAGCCAGGACUACACGGGCAAGGAGGAGCAGGCUCGCCUCGGCCGCUGCCUGGACGACGUGAAGGAGAAGUUCGACUAUGGCAACAAGUACAAGCGGCGGGUGCCCCGGGGUCUCGGCUGCGUUCACCCUCGCCAGCGCCUUUCCGCCUUCCGACCCUGGUCCCCUGCAGUUUCCGCGAGUGAAAAAGAGCUCUCCCCACACCUCCCAGCCCUGAUUCGAGACAGUUUUUACUCCUACAAGAGCUUCGAGACAGCCGUGGCCCCCAAUGUGGCCCUCGCACCACCAGCCCAGCAGAAGGUUGUGAACAGCCCACCAUGUGCCACCGUCGUCUCCCGGGCCACCGAGCCUCUCGCCACUUGCAUUCAGCCUCGGAAGCGGAAGCUGACCGUGGACACGCCCGGAGCCCCCGAGAUGCUCGCGCCUGGAGCCCCAGAGGAGGACAAGGACUCGGAGGCUGAGGUUGAGGUUGAAAGCAGAGAGGAAUGUAAGUUCACGUCCUCCUUGUCCUCGCUGUCCUCCCCGUCCUUUACCUCAUCCAGCUCCGCCAAGGACCUGAGCUCCCCAGGCACGCACGCCCCACCCACGGCCGCCCCCGACGCCGCAGCCCACGCCGACGCCCCCAGCGGGCUGGAGGCGGAGCUGGAGCACCUGCGGCAGGCCUUGGAGGGCGGCCUGGACACCAAGGAAGCCAAAGAGAAGUUCCUGCACGAGGUGGUCAAGAUGCGCGUGAAGCAGGAGGAGAAGCUCAAUGCGGCCCUGCAGGCCAAGCGCAGCCUGCACCAGGAGCUGGAGUUCCUGCGCGUGGCUAAGAAGGAGAAACUGCGGGAGGCCACGGAGGCCAAGCGCAACCUGAGGAAGGAGAUCGAGCGCCUGCGCGCGGAGAAUGAGAAGAAGAUGAAAGAGGCCAAUGAGUCACGCAUGCGUCUGAAGCGCGAGCUGGAGCAGGCGCGGCAGGUCCGGGUGUGUGACAAGGGCUGUGAGGCCGGCCGCCUGCGCGCCAAGUACUCCGCCCAGAUCGAAGACCUGCAGGUGAAGCUGCAGCACGCAGAGGCGGACCGGGAGCAACUGCGGGCCGACCUGCUGCGGGAGCGCGAGGCCCGCGAGCACCUGGAGAAGGUGGUGAAGGAGCUGCAGGAGCAGCUCUGGCCACGGCCCCGCCCCGAGGCCGCGGGCGGCGAGGGCACUGCUGAGCUGGAGCCCUAGCGGAGCCUCUGCUGCUGCGGCGCCGACGACGACAGGGUGCAGAGAGGAGUGGGGCGGGUGGCGCUGCCCCCAGCCCGGCCCGCCCCCGGCCUCGCCCCUGCAGCCCACACAGCACAACGUCUUACUGUGCCUAUUACCAAGCGAGUGUUUGUAACCACAUACUUUGGAAUCCACUGCAAAAUUUUGUACUGGCCAAGUUCAAGCGAGUAAGCCGUGUCCCCCAGCUGCAGCCGGGACGAGGCCAGCUCGGCAGCUCUGGCAGGCCCUCUGCUUGCUAGAACGUUCUAACAUUUACACUUUUGUUAUAAGCUAUUUAAAACCAAUAAGGAGACUUGAAAUUCAGAAAAUCAACAUGUUUUUUAAUGACUAACUUUUAAAAGCCCCAACACAUGACGCCAUCUGAAGACCCGAGAUGGAGUGGGGGUGGCGGCUGCCACCCUCCCCGCCCGGGAAGCCAUCACAGCUCAUCUGUGCCCGCGGCUGCGUGAGGACAGCAGGGGUUUUUCUUCAGAGUCUAUUUUUUCAGCGACAAGGACCCAGGUCUUCCUGCUGCUGCCAGGAAGAGCAGGGACAGUGCCGCGUGCGAGAUGAGCCCAAACACUGCCCGCCUUACGACGACCACCCGCCUGCCACGUUGCCGUGGACGCCAGCACCACGCCGCGGGCGCAGGAGGGGCAGAGCGCGCAGGAGCCGUGCUCUGCUCUCCGCGCCCCGGGCUCUGCCCGCGCUCCUCCACUGCGGGGCGCUGGCCUGCACCAGGCGGCCGUGGCGGCGGGCACACCCCCAGCCCCCGGGAACACGCGCUGCUUGACCACGGCGCCCGCCCGUUUCUGCUCGGCCAGCGGCGCCGGGGCUGGGGCUGCAGCAUUGGAACAAAACACAGCAUUACUUCACUUUUUCUUUUACUCUUUUUGUUUGUUCGUUCAUUUUAAACGUAUAUUAGAACUGCACUUUGUCAAAAAUCUUCCCUUCUCUUUUUAUUCCCCAGUUAACUGAGGUUUUUACCGAUUUAUAGAGCAGUUCAAAUCCUAAGUGCUCGAGUGCUUAGAAAUCCCCUCUGGUGCUUGGUUGAACAAGGGAAUCACAAGAAAAUGAAAAUGCAAAAACUGAACUUCGGGGUCGUCCUGUGCCUUCCAGCAUCUUGUACAGCAAAUCCUGACUCAUGUCUUUUUACCCCCAAAAUAUCUGUCUUCAGUAGCGACUGAAUCUGCCACUAUCGAAAUAAGUUCCUUGCAUUUAUUCCAAAUAAUCUCGUUUACUCUCAACUGUUUAUGCAAAUUGUGUAAGGUUUCUUAUGCCCAGGCUUGAAAAAUGACUUCCCAGUAGACAAGAGGCGGCUACCCAUCCUAAAAUUACGAUAUUUAUUUACAUGAGAAGAUCUGACAGGAAUUCUUUGCUUGAAUCCGUUGUGACGCCCGGCAGCUGUGAUUGCUCACGGGAUGGAGAUGGCGCAGGUACCAGCGGCCUUGGGACCGUCGGCUGCGGCGGCAACAAGCAAAGACCCGGGACUGGCCCCGUGCGUGUGGGUGACAGAAUCGUCCGCAGGGUCUGCCCUUGGUUUACUGAGGGGGUCUCGGUGGCUGCUGGACCCCCCCCCUUCUAAAGUGCAAUGCAAAAGGGACAUCAUGUAUAUGCAGCGUUUGUUUGGAAAUUUUUUCUUUUGCUUUUGUUUUACUUUUGCAGUUAUUAAAUUUGUAUGCAUGGGAUUUUACACCUCUGCCAUAGGUAGAUCCAUCGAUGGGCAUUAUUACCGUGUCUUGUGAAGGGUCGGUUUUGUUAUGCAACAUGCAGAAUGCUGUUCUUAGCCUUGUUUUACCAGAGUUGUGUUUUUCAGUCAUUUCUUCAAGGGAAACUAAAUGAUUUAGUUGGAGCAAAGCUUUACGUGUGUUGGCGUGCUUCUGUGUGGCUGUCCCAUGUCCCCAGUCUGAACUCAGUGAUGCCCAGGCCCCGCCCCCCCUCUGAGUUUUAGGCCCCCAGAGGGCGAAGAGCUUUCGAGUCACCUUGCCCUCCUCCUCCGCCGGGCACCAUCAGCUCCACGCCUGCCCCGCCUGCUCUGUCCCAGGUGUCUGCAGAAAGAGCUGGAAAGAGCUGUGUCUGCAGAGGUGACUCCUCCCCGAGAGCCAGGGGCAUUUGGUCCUGGCAAGGUCCAGACAGUGUCGACCGACCGUCCCGCCUGGGCCCCGUGGCCAGGGGCAGGCUCUCCCUUGCCAGCAGCUCUCGCCCUGGGCCCACCCGGGCGGUCCUUGCCGCGCCCAUAUUGGCUCACCUGAGUCUUCCCUGGGUGAGGGUGGGGGCACGGGGGUCCCGGCCCGCUGUGUGGGGCAGCUCUAGGCGAGGGUGUCCCCGGCCCGAGGGUGCGCUGGCUGCAGGGCCGGUGCAGCUGCCAGUCGGCCUGGUUCAGAACAAGGGAGGGGAGGGAUGGUUGUGCAGGCUGUUGACUCCCUGUAUGUAAAACCCGUCAUCCGGAUGAUUGUGUAUUCAGUUUAAUUACUCAUUUCUAUGCUGAAAGAGGAUUUUUAACGAAGGGAAAGAAACAACAGCAAUAACAUUCAUAUCUACGGAGCAGCUAACUCAUACACAUAAUAUCUGCUUUUCCUACAGAACUAGCCAAUGUAAAAACGAUUGCCGUGUAAAUACUUCUUUUCAUUUUACACCGUUGUAUUAUACGUGUAUAUGGUGGUUCCUUUUUCAGAAACUCUUUUCUUACCUGAUAGUUGUCUUGUUUUCUGGGCUGUUUUUAACUGAGAAAAAAAAAAAUGCUCACCUGCCAGAGGGGACGGAGAACCCCCUGUGCAGUUUCCGUGGUGACGUCCCCGCGGGUGCUGGGCUCGGCCUCGCGGUUCCCACCAGGCUGGGCCUCUUCGUCCCUCCCCGCCCGCCCUGUCCCCAGGGUCGGGAGGUGUUUUGUUCUUGCUUUAAGUCAGGAGUCACAAAUGACUUUUUUUUUUUUUUUUUUCAAUUAAGGAAAGAAAAAACCCACCUCUACCUUUAUAAGCACCCGGAGCCCCUGCACCGUCCCUGCGUCUGCUGCUGCUAAUGACAAUACGAUGCUUACUCUGCUACUCGAGAACUAUUUUUAUGUAAUUAAUGUAUGCUUUCUUGUUUAUAAAUGCCUGAUUUAAAAAGAAAAAAAGAAAA